UUUUAGGUGUGAACUGAACACGAUGUUGAAACCUUGUCGUCCAUACGUACUGAUCCGAAAGGUCGAGUUGCAACGUUAAGUUUUCGACACCGUAAUGGAUUUUCUGCUUGCACAAUAGUCAAGAGGUUGUGGUCUUACAAUCGGUACUCUGCGUCAUAGAGUUGAAGAACUUGGUAUUUGAAUGGAUUUGCUGACUCGUGCUAACAACGAGACAAAGUCGUACUUGCACGAAAAGAUGUGUGGCACACCAUCAUCCUCAUCUAAUUGCUACCCGAAUAAGGCAGUCCCAGCUCAACAGACUUGGCAUCUGCUUUCUACAGUUGAAGUAGGAGAUUCGGGGCAGCAGUCAUCGUCUACUACAAUGGAUUAUCAGGAACAAAUAGGUGAAACAACCACCAAUGUUCAGACGAAAGCGGAAGCAGGAACGAUGGGCUCAGUUUAUUAUUUUGGUGCCAAUAGUCAGCUACUGAACUGCACUGUUUCUGAGUGUUCUGGUCAGACACUGCAAGAAUUGAGUACACCUAUGCAAGAUCUGCAACAGCAAGAAGGAAUUGUACAAGGCCGUUCAGCAUGUACGUCAACAGUAUCGCGCUUACCAGCUGGGCAGGGAAAUUGCAUUUCAUACUCAACACAACAAAUAACACCGAUAAGUGGAAACUCAAGUUAUUCAGUGCCACCUCAUAAUGCAUCUGCAUCCGGUAACAGUCAAAAUUCACUUGCUCAGAUAUUGUACAUGAGAAGUCAGAGACCACGAAUACAACCUCAUAUUCGGCCCAAGCCAUCGGAUGUUGCAGUCAAUGUGAAGGAUUAUCCACCCGCGGCACCAGUUCCAGAAGCGUGGUGUCAUGCUUAUUACUAUGAACUUAAUCAGCGAAUCGGUGAGCCUUUCAAAGGGGGCACUUCUCAUGUCAUUGUUGAUGGUUUUUGCGCACCAUCUGAAGCAGAAAGGUUCUGUUUGGGAGCUUUGGCUAAUGUUAAUAGAAAUCCCGGAGUUGUGAAUGCUAGACGUCAGAUUGGACGUGGUGUUAGGAUUUUUCGUCAAGAUGACGAUGUUUACGCAGAAUGUCUGAGUGAAGCACCGGUGUUCAUUCAAAGUCCAAUACACGCUGUGAAAUCUCAUGAUCAUCCGGCUACCGUUUAUAGACUGCCAUCAGGACAUAUUAUGCAAGUUUUUGAUAACGAAUCAUUUGAAACUUUGUUAGCUCAAUCAACGAGCCAAGGUUUCCAUGCCGUCUAUUCCCUACAGAGAAUGUGCCAUAUGCGAAUAAGUUUUGUGAAAGGAUGGGGUGAGCAAUACAAACGACAGACGAUAACGUCAACACCCUGUUGGGUGGAAAUUCAUUUAGCCAUACCGUUACAAAAGCUCGAUCGUGUUCUAAGCCAGAUCCCUGGUCCUAAUGAUCCCAUUCACAGUUUUACGUGAAUCCAUUUAUUUCAUCUGCUGACCGAAGGAGUUGUUUUUAUUCUAUUAUUGUGUAUAAUUUUACGUAUUAAACUGCACCCGGUCUUUUUGUAGUCAGGAAAUGUGUCUUGUAGUUAUAGCUGAAUUUAUAGUUCCUAUAAAUUAUAUCAUUUAUAUCUUUUAAUGUAUCUAGCCUCGUUUCGAGGCAUCAAAAUUUCUUUUUUUGUAUCCGCAGCGACUAGCAGUGCACUCAGAAGAGAGCGCUAUGCUGUCAACGAAGAACUCUUGAUGCUAUCUGUUUAAAAUUUUCCAUUUUCUGAUUUUGCUCAUCAUUUUUAGGCCAUAAGGGUGUUUGUUGUUUUUACUGUCUGUUUCACGCUAAUAUUAUUACUAGAUUAAAUUCCGAAACAUCGUUUCUGAAGUGAAGUUUUCUGAUGAUAAAGUAGAGUGGUGGUUCAAAAUUAAUUGUUAAUGGUAGGAUUCUAAUUUUAGGAAGACAGCAUCGAUUUAUUCGCGUAAAAACCUUCUAUAACCGAGUUGUAUACAAUAAAAAAAAAGUGGUCACUUUUGGCCUCUGAAAAGAUAGGCUACAUAUUUGGCUGAUGGGUGGUAGGCCGGUAUUGCGAGUGCUCUAGUCAGAUGGACUUGGAGAUAGAUUUUUAUGGCUUGUGACAAUGCUUUCCGCUUACUGGAU